AAAAAAAAUUUCAGUUCUCAUUUCGCACAGCCGCAAAACCCCUGAGACACCCUAAAACCCUUUCUUCCAGUUUAGCUGAUUCUCUCUCCUCGUUUCUGCAACCCUCAAAUCACUCAACUUUCUGCUCGAUAUCUAUCAAAAAAAUGUCUUCAUCUUAACCCCAAAAUCAAACCAUUUUUCACAAAAUCCAUUCUUUUGAUUGUUAAUUUUGAGGUUUAAUCACCAUGUCCGCCGCAUCUAGAGGCCUAAUUUCCCGGCUCAAAACAAUCUUAAUCCCACAAAAAACAACCACCCAAAUCAGAUUCUUCAGCUCGGAGAUUCUAACUCCUGAAAAUGAAGUUUUACGGCCAAGAAUCAUUGAAGCAAAAGCUGGUGUAAUGACCAAACAAUCUAAAAGAACUGGUGCAAUUGCUAUAAAAUGUGGGAUGACUGCACUUUGGGACAAAUGGGGUGCUCGAGUUCCUAUUUCUAUUCUUUGGUUUGAUGAUAAUAUUGUUUCCCAAGUUAAAACUAUUGAGAAAGAAGGCAUCUUUGCUUUACAGGUUGGUUGCUCUCACAAGAAGGAAAAACAUUUGACGAAACCCGAGUUGGGUCACUUUAGAGCGCAAGGGGUUCCGUUAAUGAGGAAGUUGAAGGAGUUUCCGGUGACAGAAGAUGCGCUUCUGCCUGUCGGUACAUCAAUCAAUGUACGACAUUUUGUUCCUGGACAAUGCGUGGACGUCACUGGGAUCACAAAAGGGAAGGGAUUUCAGGGUGUUAUGAAAAGGCAUAAUUUUCCGGGGUUGCCAGCAUCACAUGGUGUGUCAAAAGCUCAUCGGAGUGGUGGAUCUACAGGUCAAAGGGAUGCCCCUGGAAGAGUCUUCAAAAACAGAAAGAUGGCUGGGCGCAUGGGUGGCAAACAACGGACAGUUAAAAAUGUUUGGGUUUACAAAAUAGAUCCAAGGAGGAACUUAAUGUGGGUUAGAGGCCAAGUCCCUGGUGCUGAAGGAAACUUUGUAUUUGUAAAAGAUGCCUUUUAUGAGAAACCUGAUAUCUCGAAGCUUCCUUUCCCGACAUACUUUUCGCCAGAAGAUGAAGAUGAUGAAUCAUUAGAACCGAUAACUGUGGAUUUAGGGGAAUUAGAUCCAUUUAUGGCAGCUGAUUAAUUAUUGUGCUGAUUCAAAAUCUCUGUAGCACUUUUGUCUUUUCUUUUAUGGCCUGGGAAACACCUAGGAAUUAAUUGCUUUUGAAUAUAUAGGGAUCCGAUUAGGCAUGUUUCGAGGUCUUUUGUUAUUGCCGUGUAAAGACCCGAGGGUUGUUUGUUCUUGAAGAUAUAGGGAUAUGGUCAAAAGUAUGUUUCGAGGUCGGGCUGUGUUUAUUUUAAAUGUUGGUUCUGGAGCUAGUCGCUUCGGAAAUAUGGUGUAGCCCCAUAUGUUAUUUGGCAGAGUUUGAGCGUGGAGACCAUUUUUUUUGACUAGGGUGAACAAUGUUUUUGUAGAAAUUCUGUUUAAAUAAAUGGCUGAACUACAGAAAUUUUGAAA